AUGGGGUAUCAUCGCACAGCGCUGGCCUGGUCGCAGCUGACCGCCUUGCUACUCGCGGAGCUUGCUACGCUUAUCGCAACAUCGCCAUCACCUGCGUUUCCCAUCCGGAAGCCACCUCUUACCUCCCAUUAUCAAGAUCCCGGAUCCUCAAGUCGCCGCGUGUUCUCCUCCGAGCAGGAGCGCGUUGGCAAUCGCACAUUCCACCCAUCUUUCGGCCUCUUCCCAAAGGGUUGCCGUUGGCGCACCGUCACGACCGACAACUCUACGCAUGUGGACUACCAGUUCUGGGACUUUGCCGCGGAAACGUGGUCCGACGAGCGGCCGGCGGCCUGCGUACCCACCACCUAUCCUGCGCCUGGCCCCGCGGGAUGGCACUGGAACAACAACACCCCCCGAACCGAAGUUAGUUGCCAAACCUCCCACUGCGUCUACACCAACAUGUAUUACAACAGCGGCCGCUGGUACGCGCUGGUAGACGGCGAGCUCUUCAUCCCCUCCUGGCGCUUCAGCCGCAACCAGGAAGUAGUUCCCUUCCACGUCGUGAACGCAACCGACUUUAUCGAAUCCGUUAACUGGCGGCUUGUGCCGGGCGACACGAUUCUGUUUGACUUUGUGUUUUUCAUUCACCCGACCGCCAUCGGGCAUUGGUGGGAGAUGCUGGGGCCGCUGUACAGCAUCCUGAAGACCAUAGACUUCAAGCGCCCCUGCGACCAAUUCGUGCUGCUACACCUGGGUCGGCAACACGUGUUGGAGUGGGUCCGUGCCAUGAUCGCUGUGACACUGGGGGUGGGCCUGGAGGAGGAGCUGCCGCCCAUCCUGCUGCAGGACGAGACGGACAACGCCUGGAACCAAAUCACUCAGCAGCUUUCCGGGUUCGCCCGAGAUACCUGGUACGUCUUCGAACGAGUGCUCAUUGUCAAGGAUCUAGCCACGGGCGGCGGUCGCACCUUCCUGACCUUCGCUGACGCCCGGGAGUUCCGGGAGCUCAUCUACCGCCAAUACGCUCUUCCCCCCCCGGUCCCGCGACCCAACAUCCCGCGGGUCAUCACCUUUCAACGCAAAAGAGCCAACCGCCGCAUCGUCAACGAGGACGAGUUCAUGGACCUGCUCAAGCAGUACGGCGAGCUCAAGGUGGUGGAGUACAACAGCAGCUCCUCGCUGUACGAGCAGCUGCUGCAGAUGCGCGAGACGGGCGUGUUCGUGUCGGUCCACACUUCCAACCUCGCAAAUGCGCCGCUGCUUCAACCGGGGUCGGCCGUGUUCGAGGUCAUCCAGCGCAACUGGAUGUGGAAUGGCCUGGACUGCUCAUUCCGAGAUCAAACCCACAUGAUGCUCGACAUACAUCACUACGCCUGGCGGGCCAAGCUGCUCAACCAGACGGUGUACCUCAACGAACGAGACUUCCACAAGGUGGGUCACUGGCCGGCGGGUCAGUGCGGCACGGAGGAGUGUGUGGAGGCGCAUACCAACGUGGACGUCAUUGUCAACAUCCAGGAGUUCAAGGCGCUGCUGGACGACCGGCUGCCGUACGUCUGGGCAGGAGCCACCGUACAGCAAGCCGCCAUAGCCUGGCCGGACUGGUAG